AUGAUGUGUCCAUUAAGUUGUUGAUGUGUCCAGUCCUAUGUGUCCACUAUUCUUUUAUGUUUAAAAUUAAUUUUUUUACGUUGUAACUCUAAAAUAGAAGGAAGGUGAAGAUAUUAGAAGGUCACGCAGAAGGUGAAGAAAGUAGAAGGUCAAGCAGAAGGCGAAGGUGCUCGUAGACGACGACGGAGCUGAAGGCGAAGGUGCUCGUACACAAGAGCAUUGCUGAGGUCAAUCUGGACAUGGAUGAGUUUUAUGUUGAUUUCCAUCAUGGGGGAUUUUUCGCCGGUGAUAAGUAUGAACAAGGGGAAGUGUCGAACUGGAAAUGUGAUGCUGAUAAAUGGAGUUACUUUGAGAUUUUGGGGGUUGUUAAUGAGAUGGGAUAUCCAGGGGUGCUUGAAAUUUGGUACGACUUUGCUGGGACAUUGAAAGCGUUAGAAGAUGACUAUGGUGCUAUAGAAGCACUGAACUGGUCUAAGACAAAUGGAAAAGUUGAUAUAUACAUUGUUCACCCUAUAUCCCAACCUGACAUAGUGGCCCAACCUGAAACAACUGAGGUCCCACCUGAAACUGAGGUCCCAGCUGAAACUGAGGUCCCACCUGAAACAACUGAGGUCCCACCUGAAACUGAGGUCCCACCUGAAACAACUGAGGUCCCACUUGAAACAACUGAGGCCCAACCUGAAACAAAUGAGGCCCAAUCUGAAUCAAAAGAGGCCCAACCUGAAACAAAUGAGGCCCACUCUGAAACUGAAGUAGGUGAAGUAACUGACAGGGACAUAAUAGAAGGGUUUUAUGACUCAGCUGAUGAGAUUUUAAAUGAUGGAUUUGGAGAAUUGUUAGUUGGAGAAGGGUUCAUAGCUGGCCAAAAUGAUCAACCUCUUGAUGAACUACUGCCAGAGGAGACAUCUAAAAAAAGGAAGAGGACUAAUGGAAGACCAAAGAAAAAAAAAAGUGGUAGUGGAACUCCAAAAAAGGCAAGUUCAGGAAGCUUAAAUAAGGGAAAAAAGGGAAGACCAAAGAAAAAACAAGUGGAUGAAGGAUUAAAUGCAGAUGGUGUAGAAACAUCAAGUGAGGAAGAUGUUCUUGAUUUUGGAUUUAAAAAAAGGAGCAUAGGUAGGAAGGUAUGUCAUGGGUUGUCUGACUCUGACUAUCAAACUGAAGAGCUAAUAAGUGAGGAUGACAUGAGUAGUGAUUAUUCAGAUGAGAGUGAGAAGGUAAAGUAUCCAUCAUUUGUUCCUCCUAAGAAGUUCAAUGACUAUAAGUGGGUGUUAGGAAGCUUGUUUUCAACAAGGGAAGAGUUCAAGGAAGCUGUAGCAAGUUAUGCUGUUCACAAUGGUAGGGAUUUAAGAUACCUGAAGAAUGAUAAGACUAGAGUCAGAGUGGGUUGCAAGGAAGGUUGUGGAUGGGUGGCUUUGUGUUCUAAAUUGCCACAUGAGGAUACUUGGCAGUUAAGAACAUUAAAUGAUAAUCACACUUGUAGUAGAGAGUAUAAUGUUAGGAUGUUUAAUACAAACUGGCUAGGGAAGAAGUUGUAUUCAACAGUUAGAAUUAACCCCAGUGUCAAACUGACUGCUAUUUGUGACAAAGUACAUGAAAAAUGGAAUGCUGGAAUGAAUAGGAUGAAAGCUUACAGGGCAAGAAAGGCAGCAUUAGAUAUGGUUGAAGGGUCUUUCAAGGAACAAUAUAGAAGACUUUAUGACUAUACACAUGAGCUACUAAGAUCUAACCCAAACAGCACCAUUAAGAUCAAUGUCCAAGCAACUGAUGUGAAUCCUACUGAAUUUGAACAACAACCAGAAGAUUAUGUUAGCAGGCCAUUACUACCAAGCUUCCAUAGACUUUAUAUGUGCCUUGAAGCUUGCAAGAAAAGUUUCCAAGUUUGUAGACCAAUAAUAGGAAUAGAUGGAUGUUUUCUCAAGGGCAACUAUGGUGGGCAGAUUCUUGCAGCAGUUGGGAGAGACCCAAAUGAUCAAAUGUUGCCCAUUGCAAUGGCUGUAGUUGAAGCUGAGACAAAAGAUUCUUGGGCAUGGUUUUUUGACCUGCUAGUUAGAGACUUGGGAGGACCAGAAGUAUGUAAGAAAUUCACUUUCAUUUCAGAUCAGCAGAAGGGACUGUUACCUGCAAUAGAGGAGUUAUUGCCUGGAGUUGACCAGAGAUUCUGUGUUAGACAUCUAUAUAGCAACUUUAGAAAAAGGUUUCCAGGCAAGCAAUUGAAGGAAUUAAUGUGGAGGGCAGCAAAGGCAACCUAUCCCCAAGCAUGGGAAAGGGAAAUGAGGGAGAUGAGAAAGGUUAAUGAGGAAGCAUACAAGCAUUUGUUGAAGAUUCCUCCUAGAUUUUGGAGUAAAUCACAAUUCAAAUAUGCAACAAAAAGUGAUGUUUUGGUUAACAAUAUGUCUGAAACUUUUAAUAGUGUUAUUAUUGGACCAAGACAAAAGCCAAUUGUAACAAUGAUGGAGGAGAUCAGAGGGUACCUCAUGGAUAGAUGGGCAACUAAUAGAGCCAAAAUUGAAGAGUAUGAUGAGUCUGUACUACCAAGAAUUAAGAAAGUUCUAGAAAGAAGGCAGGAAUUCUCAAGGUUUUUUAUAGCAAGGUUAUCAGGCAACAUGAUUUAUGAAGUGAGGCAUACUAGUGUGACUGGGGAAAAAUUCACAGUUGACCUCAAUAAGUUUGAGUGCUCUUGUAGGAGUUGGAUGCUGACUGGGAUUCCAUGCCACCAUGCAUUGUCUUGUAUCCUCAAUAGAUCUGAAGAUCCUACUGAGUACAUUCCUUCCUGGUUUAGGAAGGAGACAUACCAAGCUUGCUAUGCACCUCUGAUAUAUCCAACAAAUGGGGAGAACUUGUGGGAAUUGACACCAUAUCCUGACAUUCUUCCUCCCCCAUCUAGAAGGGCACCUGGGAGGCCAAAAAAGAGAAGAAAUAGAGAUGCUGAUGAAAAGAGGAAGGAUAGUACUACUGUUUCCAGAAAGGGCUUGCCAAAUAAAUGCUCAGCAUGUGGUCUAUCUGGACAUAACAAAUCAUCAUGUCCAUCUGCACCAAGACAGUCCAGCAAUGCAACCACUGCACAAUCUCAAAGUACCACCACUGUCCCCACCCAAACUCCCACAACUGCCCAAUCUCAAACACCCACAACUGCCCAAUCUCAAAGUACCACCACUGUCCCCACCCAAACUCCCACAACUGCCCAGUCUCAACCUACAAAUAGAGUUCAAAAAAAGCAGUCUCAAAAUGUUACCAUCCAAAGCCAACCAACAAGUAGAGUUCAAACAAGGCAAUCAGCAGUGACCCAAAAACAAGGAGUUCAAACACGCCACUCAAUCACAGUUGCUCAACUACUUGCCAUGAGGAGGGCUAGACAAGGACAAGGACCAACAGCAGCAUUUCAGCCACCAACAAGUCAGAGACCCAAGAUGCCUUAUAAAAGAAAAUCCAAAUAGGAUGUAACCUUGUUUGGUGCUUUUAGGGAUCUAAUGUUUUGAUUAUUUUGGGAUCUAAUGUUUUGACUGGUUUUUCUGUUAUGAAGUGUUUAAUACCAGCUAUCUAGUUAAGUACUAUCCUAUCUACUAUGUAACCUUGAUGUAAACUGGUUGAAUUUCUUUUUGGGAUCUAGUUAAGUACUCAGCUAUCUACUAUGUAAUUCUGUUAUGAAGUGUUUAAUACCAACUGACAAUGUUUUGGUUGAUUGAAUAUGCAAUGUUUUGGUUAUUUAUUGAUUUAC